AUGAGACUAUUGAUUUCGGUACUGUUGGUGUUCGUUGGAGCACAGAAUGACAGCGAAGAGUGUGGGGACCUGGAAAUUCUAUCGUCUUUUUGUGAAACUGUAGAAGGAAGCAUCUUACGAAGUAAACGAGGGUCCUUCUGUCAAAACAGUAAAAACAAGACCGUUGGUGCGUCUUUUUCAUUCUGCGAGAACGCUACCUCCGUGGACGUCGAAGACAUCAGUAUUCUGGAGCUUUUAGACUUCAGGACAAAAGCAGAUGUACCAUGUCCUCUGAGGAAUAAUUCCGACCUUGCUAAUGCCCUGCAGUUGUCCACAGUAACACUGAGAUUGGAUUGUACAUGUCCCGGCGCGUUGACUGUAAAAGACUUCACAACGAAUAGCACAAAGACCUUUGCUGCUUGGGAAGAAGAUGAUCAUAUCUCCAAGUCCUACCGCCAAUGUGAAGGACAGGCGAGCUUCUGCGCCUACCAGAAGAAUGAUUCACCCUUCAACAACUAUACUUGUCCAGAGAACUCCCAAUGCGUCGACGCAGGCCCAGGCGUCUUCAACUGUCAGGAACUUGUUCAACUGCUCAAAAGAGCGCACUCGCAGAAGCAAAUCCUGAUAUUAAUGGAUUUGGAGUUAAAACCCCUCAGAAUACAAUGA